AUGAUCGAUUCGGUAAAGCUGCGACGCGACAGCGCAGCCAACUUCUAUUCGCACUACGAAUACCUGUGCGCGCUGCAGGACUCGGUGCCGGUUCCCGCCGUGCGUGCCUGCCUCCGCGAGGGCGUGCUGGACUUCAACGCUGACCGCCUCCGCAUCGUGGACUGGGCGCCCCUUCUGAACACUCUCAAGGUUAAUAAAGACCUGCCAUUGAUCUCUAUAAAGAGCUUCUUCCAACUGUGGCUUGGAGAAACAGUUCUUAGGAUUAAAGGAAUUUCUGACAGAAGUAGAGUCUGCAGAAGUCGCGUUCCUGCAGUUAGAUCCAAAGAUGUGUCCUUCCAGCUAUGUAAAGCUCUUAAAGGCUGUUUAAGUGUAUCAUGUGCACUCAAGAACCUGGAGCUGAAUGGGCUGCUUCUGAGAGAGAGAGAUUUAACUGUUUUAACAAAGGGAUUGAAUAAAUCAGCUUCUUUGGUGCACCUGUCUCUUGCAAAUUGUCCAAUUGGAGAUGGAGGUUUAGAAAUUAUUUGUCAAGGUAUAAAGAACUCUAUCACCCUGAAGACUGUGAAUUUCACAGGGUGUAAUCUGACAUGGCAAGGAGCAGAUCACAUGGCCAAGAUCUUAAAGUAUCAGACCAUGAGAAGGCAUGAAGAAACCUGGGCUGAGAGUCUUCGUUAUAGAAGACCUGAUCUUGACUGUAUGGCUGGCUUAAGGCGUAUCACUUUCAAUUGCAACAUGCUCAUUGGUGACAUAGGUGCACGUGCUUUUGCAGAAUCUCUUAGUGAGAAUUUAUGGCUUAGAGCACUUGAUCUGCAGCAGUGUGGCCUCACCAGUGAAGGAGCAAACGCUUUUCUAGAGGCCCUUGAAACCAACAGAACUUUGGUCAUUCUGGAUAUUCGAAAAAAUCCACUCAUUGAUCAUUCUGUGAUGAAAGCAGUUAUCAAAAAAGUUCUCCAGAAUGGAAGGAGUGCUAAGUCGGAGUACCAGUGGAUAACUUCUCCAUCAAUAAAGGAAACAUCUAAAACUGCUAGACAGAAAAAGAGAACUAUAAUUCUGGGAAGUGGUCGAAAAGGAAAAGCAACUAUUCGAAUUGGAUUGGCUACCAAGAAACCUGUAAACAAUGGGAGAAAACACACCCUUGGUAAAGAAUAUUAUGCACCUGAACCUCUUCCACCUGGUGUGUCUGGUUUCUUGCCAUGGCGUACUGCAGAACGUGCAAAAAGGAACAGGGGUUUUCCAUUAAUCAAAACUCGUGAUGUCUAUAAUCAUUUACAGCAAUCAGAUUUUCCUGUGACUGUGACAGUAGAAAGUCCUUCAUCCUCAGAAUUCGAAGAGGUUGACGAUUCUUCAGAAAGUGUUCAUGAAGUGCCUGAGAAAACUAGUGUAAAACAAGAGGCAUUACAGGAAAAACUGGAGGAGUGCCUGAAGCAGUUAAAGGAGGAGAGAGUAAUAAGGCUUAAGGCUGAUAAACGAGUAAAUGAGCUGGAGUAUGAAAAUGCCAAAUUAAGAAAUAUAAAUUUUUCUUUGUCUGAAGCCCUUCAUGCCCAGUCAUUGACCAACAUGAUCCUGGAGGAUGAAGGUGUUUUGGGCAGCAUUGAGAACUCUUUUCAAAAGUUCCAUGCUUUCUUGGAUCUCCUUAAAGACGCUGGGCUUGGACAGCUUGCCACAAUGGCUGGUAUAGAUCAGUCAGAUUUUCAUUUGCUAGGGCAUCCCCAAAUGAAUUCUACUAUUACUGAUACCCCUAAAGAAGAAAAGAAGGCACUUGAAGAAGAAAAACCAGAAUCCAAGCAGAAUACCCUGGGGCAAAUGCAGAAUAUCCAGUUCCAGAAAAGUACAGGUGAUGCUAAGGUUCCUUUGCCUGUUGACUCCUUCCAUGUCCCAGUUUCUACUCAGGAAGACUUAAUAACUUCCAAAGAUAACUUGGAAGGCCCAGAUACUGAGCAGUGGCAGGAGCCUUUGGAAGAAUUACUUGCUAGAGUAUGUUCUCCUCUAACAGAUGUGAUUUCUGGGACUGGAAGUGUAAGAAAAGAAGAAGAGCUGUCCAGAAGUAGAAGAUCUUCUUCAGAGAAAAUGACCCACACAGAUGAGUGUAGCAAAAAACACUCUUCUGCGAGACAGCAUGGAAAUGAUCUGCAUCUCUACUCUGACUCUGCUGCAAACCGGAAAAGCAAAGGGAGCGGGGGAAAUAAGUCUUUGAUUAAUGAACCAUUUAAAACUGAGUCUUUGAAGAAACACAUUUCUGCCAAGAAAGAAGGUGGAAUAGUGAGUGUUUCAUCUGAGACAAAUAAAAAUAAACCUAGUCCACUAGAACAGUCUGAAAGUAACACUCUUAGAUCUGAUUUUGAAUUUCAAGAAAAUAUCCAUGCUUUAUCACGCCUGACAUAG